UUAUGCAUACUGGCAGUACCGACAUAUCUAUCGACAGACGCCUUCUUAAAUUUCAUCACACCGGCUGCAACAUCAAUUACUCGCUGCUGCUUUCUUCGAGACCGUUCACCGAAUAAGUACGUAGUUGUGCUGGAAUUCCAUGAUGAUGACGCCGCAAAAUCAUUCUACGACCAGUUCAACGAGAAACAAUACAGCGUGGCAGAGCCGGAACUUUGUCAUGUUGUGUAUUUAAAAUCAACCGCUCUGGACAUAGUAAAGUUGGAAGACAACCAUAUUCCAUUUUUAAAGGAGACCCUGGAAGCAGAUACUCAGCAACAGAAGAUGGCCGCCAGCAAGGAAGUAAAAGAAUCACGGUGUGAACUACCCACUUGUCCGGUGUGCCUGGAACGAAUGGAUGAAAGCAUCACCGGGUUGGCCUCGUUGAAAUGCCAGCACAGCUUCCACUGUUUCUGUUUGAACAAGUGGGGUAGCGGGAUAUGCCCUGCAUGUAAUUACUCACAAAAACCGGUGAUUGAAGGAUCGAGCGAUAACCGGAAUCAGUUCCAUUCGCUUUCGUCUGAACUACCGAUCACUGAAUGCUUUAUAUGUGGAUCAACGGAAAGUCUGUGGAUUUGUAUGGUGUGUGGCCACAUUGGUUGCGGCCGCUAUCAAGAUGCGCAUGCCUAUAAUCACUACAUGCAAACCGGCCAUCUUUAUGCUCUGGAGAUAGCAACUCAGCGUGUGUGGGAUUACAUGAGUGACGGAUAUAUACAACGCAUUCUGCAAAAUAUGGUGGAUGGAAAAUUGGUUGAAUUCCCUAGCAAAUCCACGCAAGACGAAAAACAACCUUUACCGACACAGGAACGUCUCGAGGCCAUUUCCCUGGAAUAUACCUAUAUGAUGACUUCACAGCUCGAUUCACAACGCAUAUAUUAUGAAGAUCAGCUGGCCGAACUUACCUUGCAAUUGUCGGAACUGAAUACACACGUCCACGACCUUUCCGUAGCUUCUCAGGAGAUCGAAAACGAGCAUUCACAGCUUACUGCAUCCCACUCGAAAUUGCAACAGGAAAUUUCGAGCAUAGAUAAAGAAAACGAAAAGAUGGAUCGACGCUCCAAGUUACUGAUGUCCAAAUACCAAAUCAAGCUUCGAGAAUGGUUGGAGGAAAAAGAGUUAACCACGUCGUUACGACACAACACGGAUUUAUUAAAGAAAGAAGCCGAACAAAACGAACGAGCCAUCCAAAAUUUGGCAGAGCAAGUACAAGAUCUCAUGUUCUUCCUCGAAUCGCGCUCCAAAGUGGAAAAA